AUGAAAGAACAUGAAAAUGAACCCGAGCAAAUAAUUAGACCAUGGCGAAUAUUUUAUGAAUUUCGUUUUUCCGAACUUGCUAUGAAGAAUGAAGUUAAAGCUGUUGAAUUGAGGUUUAAACAACAAACUAGCCAGAACAGGGUCGAUUUAUUUGGAAAGAAGUCUCAAUUAGGUAUGUAA